UGCUUUAUCAGUUUCCAGGAUUGGACUAAAAGUGUUUCUACUGGCAUGUCUUCUAUCUACCUCAUCUUAUUUGUUUCUAUGGAGAUUGAUUGGUGGGAGCAAAGUUAUACUAUUUAAAGCCCCCAGGCCCAAACCAGUUUCCAGAUAUUUUAAUUCUUCAUACACAAUUUCCGCACUCGACAUGGGAAUCAGUGAAGAAGAGUGGGAAAGACUACAGAAGGCUCUGGAAUGGCCCAGCCCAGAUCAAGAAAUCACUGAGCUGAGUGAAAGCACAAGUCCAGACCACUCAACAUUCACUAUUGUGGGACUCAAUCAGAAUUACAGCGUGGGAGAAAAGAUCCUGGUUACUAUCACUUCCAGAGACCACAACAAUAAACUGAAAAGAUACGGAGGAGAUUUUUUCAAAGUUAAGCUGUUUAAUUCAGAGCUAAAGGCGAGUGUGUAUGGGGAGGUUGUGGAUCAUCGUAACGGGACUUACUCUGCUUCUCUUCUUCUGCCCUGGGAAGGUCAGGCACAAGUUUCUGUUCGUCUAGAGCACUCCAGUGAGGUUGUGCAGAUUCUGAAAAAAUACAGGGAGUCGUCAUUCACACGCAGCCACUAUAACGGACACUUUGAAGGACCAGGACCCAACAAAACCAGGAUCAGUGAAGUAGUACCAUGUAACCUUAAGUGGGGUGGAAAUGGGAGCUGGAUUAAAGGCAACUGCUGCUGCGAGUAUAAGGAUAUAAAAACAGGGACGGUGUGGCACUGUGAGAGACCUAAGAAACUUUCUUGUGACAGAUUGGUUCAUCACUCAAGAGGAGGUCUGGAAAGUCCAUUAAAUCAUUUUGAGGAACAAUUUUUCACAAACAUAUUAAUAAAUGUUGGUAUUAGCGGAGACACACAAUUAAUCAACGUUCUUCCCAAAACAACAGACAAUGACAGAACGGAGAGAUGCAGACCUGGUCUGACGACACCAGUACCUGCAGGUUUCUAUCUGAAUGAUGUCUGGAAGUCUUUUGUGUGCAAAACCCAACAGUUCAAUUCUACAAAAACUGGAAAUUGCCUUAAAAACAAGAUUGUCUAUUUGAUGGGAGACUCCACCACAAGACAGUGGUUUGAGUUUUUAGAGAGAAAGGUGCCAGGCAAGUUAUCCAGUGAUAUAAAUGACAAUUUAAAUCCUUAUAUUAUUUUAUUAGGUAUAAAAAGGAUGGACCUCCACACUCCUCCUACAGGAGGACCCCUGAUGGCUGUUGAGUUGACAAACAAUAUAAUAGUUCACUGGGGGCCACACGGAGUUCCUCUGCGCUUUACUAAAAUGCUGAUCACUGAUCUGCAUUACAUCAGUAAUGAUAUUGAUGAAAUAGCUGGGGGUUCUCAUGCAGUGAUCGUCUUUACAAUUGCUGCUCACCUGGUUUUUCACCCUCUAACAUUCUAUGUGCACGAAGUGGCCAAAAUUCGUCAGUCUGUCGUUUCACUGCUGAGCCGAGCACCAGAGACUCUCGUCAUCAUCAAAUCUGGAAAUACUGCAGGACAAAAGGACAUUUUUCAAAGUGACUGGUACGCGAUGCAGCUGAACACAGUGAUGCAGGAGAUGUUCAGAGAUAUUGAUGCCGUAAUCUACUUCGAUGUCUGGCAGAUGACUUCAUGUCACUACCUGCACGACGAUGUUCACCCAGGUUAUGUGGUUGUCGAAAAUGAAGUUGAUAUUUUGCUGUCGUACGUUUGUCCUUCGUGACUAAUAAAUAUUAUUGUUUUUGCUUUGUUAAUAAACCAUGGAACUUGGGAAAACAGAAA